AUGGACAAUGCAAGAAUGAACUCCUUCCUGGAAUACCCCAUCCUCAGCGGUGGCGACUCAGGGACCUGCUCAGCGCGAGCCUACCCUUCCGACCAUGGAAUUACAACUUUCCAGUCGUGCGCGGUCAGUGCUAACAGCUGUGGCGGCGACGACCGCUUCCUAGUGGGCAGGGGGGUGCAGAUCAGCCCACCCCACCACCACCACCAUCACCACCCCCAACCGGCCACCUACCAGACUCCCGGGAACCUGGGGGUGUCCUACUCCCAUUCGAGUUGUGGUCCAAGCUAUGGCGCGCAGAACUUCGGCGCGCCUUACAGCCCUUACGCGUUAAAUCAGGAAGCAGAAGUAAGUGGUGGGUACCCCUCGUGCGCUCCCGCAGUUUACUCUGGAAAUCUCUCAUCUCCCAUGGUCCAGCAUCACCACCACCACCAGGGUUAUGCUGGGGGCGCGGUGGGCUCGCCUCAGUACAUUCACCAUUCAUAUGGACAAGAGCACCAGAGCCUGGCCCUGGCCACGUAUAAUAACUCCUUGUCCCCUCUCCACGCCAGCCACCAAGAAGCCUGUCGCUCCCCUACAUCAGAGACGUCUUCUCCACCGCAGACCUUUGACUGGAUGAAAGUCAAAAGAAACCCUCCCAAAACAGGGAAAGUUGGAGAGUAUGGCUACGUGGGUCAACCCAAUGCAGUGCGCACCAACUUCACCACGAAGCAGCUCACUGAGCUGGAAAAGGAGUUCCACUUCAAUAAGUACUUGACACGCGCCCGCAGGGUGGAGAUUGCCGCAUCCCUGCAGCUCAAUGAGACCCAGGUGAAGAUCUGGUUCCAGAACCGCCGGAUGAAGCAGAAGAAACGAGAGAAGGAGGGCCUCUUGCCCAUCUCUCCUGCCACCCCGCCAGGAAGUGAGGAGAAGGCCGAGGAAUCUUCAGAGAAGUCCAGCUCUUCGCCCUGCAUUCCUUCCCCAGGGUCUUCUACCUCAGACACUCUGACUACCUCCCACUGAGGCCCACCCAGCCCCAAGACUCCGCAGCCCAGGCUACUCUAAGGGCUGGGGACUUCCUACCCAAAGCACAUUCUUAGCUUAUCUUCCUUUCCAUUUACAGUCUCUCUCUUCCUUUCUG